ACGGAGCUGGUGCGUGAAUCAUAUGAUUUCCCUGGUCUGAGGCAUGGCGAAUGAGAGAUUCGCGACGGAGCUGGUCGUUAGGCUGGGACUGGGGAAGGCUGGGCUGAGAAGAGCUCUGUUGAGCGCCCUGGCCGCUGCUGAUCUUCAGCAAGCUGAGCAGACUCGCGGUGCGGUCACCGGCCCCUUCAGCGCCAGGUCUCACCAUCAGGCCAGGAGGAAACAUGGCGCCAGACGGAGGAGUAGGAGCAGCUGGGAGAGCAUAAUUGCCGCGAUGGUUGUCCUGGGAAUCGACAAGCUGGCCCUCCUGUUGCCAAUGAGGGCGGGGGGCCUCGUCGCCGAGCAGGUGCAUGGUGUUGCGCAUGUCAGCGACGGUGGGCCUCCACUGCAUCUGCUGAAGCUGCUGGGCAGCCUGUUGCUGGUGCUGCUGGAACUGGGCGGCAGCGGCGGGAGGAUCGCUGGACUGAACACGCUGGUUGUGGUGCUGCUGUAGCUGGGCUAGAAUGGAGUUGAUAGAACCAUCACCAGAGCCAGGACCCGAAGGAGCUCCGGGGCCUCCGCCACCGUAGCUAGCCAUGAUGAGGUCGUCGAGCUUGUCAAGGUGUGGCCAGCACCGGCGGGAGGUGACGCGGUGCUGGAGUCAGCUCGUAUUCAAGGGCCCGGCGCGCGUUAUCC